UACAGACCGACGAACAAUCCGAUCAGAAAAUAUGAGCGAAGAACUCAGUCAAAACCCAUCAUCAGCUCAGUCUCUGUCACUGAGAGAGGACAAAAAUCGAUUUCCUUUUCUGUCUUUGUCACAGAGAGAGGGCAGAUUUUUUCCUUCGUUGUCUCUGUCAGAGAGAGAGGGAAGAAAGUUUUCUUUUCUCAGUAUGUUCUCUUUUCUCAUGCCAUUGUUGGAGGUUAUUAAGAUUAUUAUUGCUUCCGUGGCCUCCGUAGUCUUCUUAGGCUUCGCCUGUGUAACCCUCGCUGGUUCUGCCGUGGCAUUAGCCGUAAGCACACCGGUUUUCAUCAUAUUUAGUCCCGUUCUCGUACCAGCUACGAUAGCCACGGUUGUCUUGACGACAGGGUUCACGGCCGGUGGCUCCUUUGGAGCGACGGCCCUUGGUCUCAUCUUGUGGCUUAUUAAACGUAGGAUGGGAGUAAAGGCGAAGGAUAAUCCACCUCCGGCCGGACUUCCACCGAAUUCGGGAGCGGAAGCAGGAGGAGCCCAAAGUCUGAUCAAAAAGUCAAAGUCUAAAGGUGGGCUUAAGUUGCCAGCAUGGUGUAAGAAGAUGUUAGGAGGUAAAUUCGGUGGUAAAAAAGGUAAGUCAGGGGGUGGAAAAGGUAAAUUUGGAGGUAAAGGCGGUAUGUCCGAAGGUGAAGAAGGUAUGUCGUCUGGGGAUGAUGGUAUGUCCGGGGGUGAAGGAGGUAAAUCCAAACGUGGAGGACAUAAAUCUGGAAGUCGAGGAGGUAAAUCAAAAAGUAAAAAAGGUAUGUCCGGAGGGUCCGAGAGUGAAGAAGGUAUGUCUGGAAGUGAAGGAGGUAUGUCCGGAGGUGGAGGAGGUAAAUCCAAAAGGGGAGGAGGUAAACGCGGAGGUCUUCGAGAUAAAUUCGGAAAGAAAGGAGGUAUGUCCGGAGGUGGCGGAGGCAUGUCAGGAAGUGAAGGAGCUAUGUCUGGAAGUGAAGGAGGUAUGUCCGGAGGUAAAUCCAAAAGUAGAGGAGGUAAACUCGGAGGUCUUCGAGGUAAAUACGGAAAGAAAGGUGGUAAGUCCGGAGGUGGAGGAGGCAUGUCAGGAAGUGAAGGAGGUAUGUCUGAAAGUGAAGGAGGUAUGUCCGAAGGAGGUAUGUCCGGAGGAGGUAUGUCCGGAGGAGGUAUGUCCGGAGGAGGUAUGUCCGGAGGUGGAGGAGGUAAACACAAUGGAAAAGGUAAACACGGAGGUCUUGGAGGUAAAUUCGGAAAGAAAGGAGGCAUGUCUGAACGUGGAGGAGGCAUGUCAGGAAGUGAAGGAGGUAUGUCUGGAAGUGAAGGAGGUAUGUCCGGAGGUGGUAUAUCUGGGGGUGGAGGAAGUAAACACAAAAUUGGAGGAGGUAAACACGGAGGUCUUGGAAGUAAAUUCGGGAAGAAAGGAGGUAUGUCCGGAGGUGGAGGAGGCAUGUCAGGAAGUGAAGGAGGUAUGUCUGGAAGUGAAGGAGGUAUGUCGGAAGGUGGUAUGUCCGGGGGUGGAGGAGGUAAACACAAAAUCGGAGGAGGUAAACACAAACUUGGAGGAGGUAAACUUGGAAGUGGAGGUAGCCACAUGGCGGAGUAAAGGCCAAUGGUCGAGCAGUUCCAACAUUAAGCAUAUCAUUGCGCAUUAGUUCAAGAUUUUAUGAUUGGGAAAGUAAAAGAAAGAAAAAAUGUUUUCUAAUACGUUUUAUGUUUAUAUGUAAUGUUGAAUCUGAUUAUUAUGAUAAAAAGACAUAAAUAUGAUACAAUGUUUAUUUUAAGAACAAUAAUAAUGUGGCAGCACUUUUAUUUCA